AUAAGAAGCAAAACAUCUGAGAAAGAGAAACAGAGAGAGAGAGAGAGAGAGAGAGAUCUCCAGCGAGAUGGAUUCGGAUUACGGCGUGCUGAGAGAGCUCUCGGGUCUCCAAAAGCAGCGUUCUCUCUACCAGCCAGAGCUUCCUCCUUGCCUUCAGGGAACAACUGUUAGAGUAGAGUUUGGUGAUUCAACGACCCCUGCUGAUCCAGCCGGUGCACAUGUGAUCAGUCAGGCUUUUCCACACACUUAUGGCCAGCCUUUGGCUCAUUUUUUGAGAGCAACAGCCAAUGUUCCUGAUGCACAAAUCAUAACAGAGCAUCCUCCGAUCAGGGUUGGUGUUGUGUUUAGUGGGAGGCAGUCUCCGGGAGGUCAUAAUGUCAUUUGGGGUCUUCAUGCAGCUAUUAAGUGUCACAAUCCCAACAGCAGUCUACUUGGCUUCCUUGGUGGCACUGAUGGUUUAUUUGCACAAAAAACUUUGGAAAUCACAGAUGAGGUUCUUGCCACAUAUAAAAAUCAAGGUGGUUAUGAUUUGCUUGGCCGUACAAAGGAUCAAAUUAGAACAACUGAGCAAGUAAAUGCUGCAUUGGCAACAUGCCAAAACUUGAAGUUGGAUGGCCUUGUCAUCAUUGGAGGAGUUACAUCAAAUACAGAUGCCGCUCAACUUGCUGAGACUUUUGCUGACUCGAAAUGCUCGACAAAGGUGGUUGGCGUUCCUGUCACCUUGAAUGGUGAUCUUAGGAAUCAGUUCGUUGAAACAAAUGUUGGUUUUGAUACAAUUUGCAAGGUUAACUCGCAACUCAUUAGUAAUGUCUGCACUGAUGCUCUAUCUGCGGAAAAGUACUACUAUUUUAUUCGUCUGAUGGGCCGCAAGGCAUCUCAUGUCGCUUUGGAGUGCACUCUCCAGUCACAUCCAAAUUUGGUUAUUCUUGGUGAGGAGGUUGCUGCGUCAAAACUAACUCUCUUUGACAUCACAAAACAAAUCUGCGAUGCAGUUCAAGCUAGGGCAGAACAAGACAAGAACCAUGGUGUUAUCCUCAUCCCUGAGGGCCUUGUUGAAACUAUUCCUGAACUCUAUGCUCUCCUCCAGGAAAUCCAUGGCCUACACGGUGAAGGUGUUUCUUCUGAUAAUAUAUCUUCUCGUCUUUCACCUUGGGCAUCAGCAUUAUUUGAGUUCUUGCCACCAUUUAUCAGGAAGCAGUUGCUUCUUCAUCCAGAAUCCGACGACUCUGCUCAGCUAUCCCAGAUUGAGACCGAGAAACUUCUAGCUCAGUUGGUAGAGACUGAAAUCAACAAGCGGAUGAAAGAAGGCACUUACAAAGGAAAGAAAUUUAAUGCCAUCUGCCAUUUCUUUGGAUAUCAAGCUCGAGGAUCUCUACCAUCAAAAUUUGAUUGUGAUUAUGCUUAUGUUCUUGGACAUAUCUGCUAUCAUAUACUGGCAGCCGGUUUGAAUGGUUACAUGGCAACAGUGACAAACUUGAAAAAUCCCGUUAACAAGUGGCGUUGUGGCGCUGCUCCGAUCACAUCAAUGAUGACCGUGAAACGAUGGUCUCGCGGUCCAUCUGCAACAUCUAUUGGAAAACCUGCUGUUCAUCCAGCAAGCAUUGACUUAAAAGGAAAACCAUAUGAGUUGUUGAGACACAACGCUACGAAAUUUUUGUUGGAUGAUAUUUACAGAAACCCCGGUCCGCUUCAAUUUGAAGGACCGGGCGCUGAUGCUAAGACUUUCACUUUGACCGCCGAUGACCAAGAUUACAUGGGCCGGAUUAAAUUGCUGCAGGAGUACCUCGAGAAGGUGAGAAGCAUUGUGAAGCCAGGAUGCUCUCAAGAGAUUCUGAAAGCAGCAUUGAGUGCUAUGUCCUCCGUCACCGAUGUCCUUACGGUGAUGUCUUCUUCAAAUUCGUUCACCGGCCACUUGACCCUUUGAGGUCGAUCAACUCUUUAUCGGUGAUCGAGGAUUCGUCGGAUGAUUUUUAUCAUCUGUUUAUUUGAAGAGCUGUGACUUGGAAAAUUUAGCAACUUUGAUGUUCUUGAGUUGUUUCUCAUUUGUGUUUGAGAGUUCAUCUGUUGGAAGUUUUGAGACAAUAAGACAAGGUUUUGCUCAUUUGACAUUUCAAUAAUAUUUGGAUUUUUGUUAUU